AUGGAGGAGUCACCAAAGGAAAAUUAUGUUGCUACAAAAACUCAAAGGUUGCGAUUCCCAUCCACUUUCGUUUCAAUCUAUUCAGUUGAUAAAGUUGGGCGAAGAGUGCUUCUGCUCGAAGCCGGAGUGCAAAUGUUUGUUUCACAGGUGAUCAUUGGAAUUCUGUUAGCAAUAGGGAUGAAAGAGGACAAAGAUAUUUCCAAGGGCAUGGCAAUUGUGAUAGUACUUAUGGCAUUCCUGUCAAUGCUUUGUCAUUUCAAAUACGGGAUUUUCUUAUUUUUCGCUAGUUGGGUUUUAAUCAUGUCUACAUUCGUCUUGUUUCUCCUUCCGGAAACAAAGAAUGUGCCAAUCGAAGAAAUGAUAGAGAAAGUGUGGAGACAACACUCGCUGUGGAAGAAGUAUGUCACAGACUCUGAUCUGAUCGAUGAUGAGGACGGUGAUGCCUAUUCCAAUCAAGAAACUGGGAAAGCUAAUGGCAAGGCCCAUCACAAUUCUCAGUUAUAA